CUUCCUGUUAAAUUCAGUACCUAGCUGGACGUGGUAACUGCAGGCUAAUUAUUUCUGCCAAAAAUUGAAAUAGGAACAUUUAAGUUUGUUUCGUUUUCCUUUUAAUGUUGUCUCUUAUAUAACGGAGGGAAAGAAUAGCUGAGGAAAAUGCCAUCGCAAAAGAAAAUGUUAAUGUUUACGGCUGGAUUUUCUGUCAGUCUGGGAACUUGCAUGUUAAUAUCUGCAAUUCUAGGAACAGAUUCAUGGGUGGACAGUAUUGUGGACUGCCAAAACAAAACUGGUGUCAACUUUGGAGAAAUGAAACUUAAAUAUGGGCUGUUUGAUGGUUUACGUACCAAAGCUGGUUGUCCGAUCCUUGUUGAUGACGGGAAUAUUAAAGUUUUGGAUUGCCUUCAAAAUGCAGGAACUGCAAGGGUUAUCCACAUCCUAGUUAUACUAUUCCUUGUUUUUGGACUGUUGUUUUCACUGCUAAGUGCCAUAGUGUCCUUUUACAACAGUGUCAGUAAUCCAUAUGAAAACAUCUGUGGACCUAUUAGUAUUUACGUAUGCAGCUCCAUUAGUGGUGUUUCAACAUUGUUGGCAAUGGUUCUGUUUGCAGCAAAUACAGCAGCGAACAAUUUAUCAACAACAUUGGUAUCAAAUUCCAUUGAAGGGAGUCUGAUUAUAUUCAAGCCCAAGUCGGAUAGUUAUGACUACUCGUUUUGGCUUAUCUUGCUCUCAUUGGUACUUUGUGUUACCUCAGUUGGAAUUACCUAUGCAUAUCAACAUGCAAAUUUUGACGUAGAAAGAGAACAAAAAAGACCAGCUGAAAAUGCAACCAACGAUGUUUUGAUGUAUUAACCUGUGUGGACUGAGAAAUCAGAAGCUCUUGUAAUAAAGAUUAUAGAAGUGACAAGUAAUUUGUUGUGGGAUGGACUAUGUGAUUGUCAGAGAUUAUGUUAUUCCUUCAUUUCAUUUCAACACUUUGUCUAGAUGCAACACAAUGUGGUACAGGCUGCCACUCUCCACUGUCACAACAAUAAUCACAUUGGAGUGAAAUAUCCCUCAAAAUAUUAUACUGAAUAUAACCUUAAUUUUGAGGGUAACUUCUGACUUUUGAAGCUGGAGCAAUGAAUAUAAGCUAUGUAGAUCAUGACGUCAAGAUUUGUGGAGACUGAUUUUCCAUGUCCUCUAUUACGAUACCUGUAAUUACUGUAUGGGCUCAAUUCAUUAGACCAGCUUCAUCACUUUCCUGGAAUGGGCAUGUGCAUGGAGUAAGGUUGAAACACAAUAUUUGCCAUUCUGAUUGUUUUAUAUUUAAUAAUGUAUUGUUAUUAUUCUCUGGACAACAUAUGCUGCCUAUUAAAUUACUCCAAGUCAACCAAAAAUGUUUUCUUGAUUGAAGGUCAGUAAUUGAUUGCAAUGAACAAUUCUGUAUUGUUAAUUAAAGACACUAAUUCUCUACUGACUAUAAACACAACUUCAAAAUCAAUAAGAACUACCCAAAAUAAUACACAAUAUCACAAAAUAACAUGUACAAAUGGUUGUACUGCAGUUAAUGAUGAUUAUGAGCAACGUAUGUUCAUCGAAAAGUUCAGAUGACAUGUGAACAGUGUUCUUCUGUUGCCUGUUACACUGCUGGCUUUAGGGCAGCAAUGAAGGUUCUCCAUCUCUGGCAGUGUUCACGGUUUCCUUCGACUUGUCAGUAACUUCCUCUUGGUUCACUCUCGGUCAAGCAAGUCACCGGUGGAGAAUCAGGAAUACCGUUGCACACAGAUGUAGAAGGAUUCUUCAUUGCUGUUUCCAUAACAAUUUUGUUUGACCGGUCAGGAUCCUUAGCCCUGAGAUGAACCCCUGAACCUGGAGGACCGGUGGACCACUCUUAGUCUGGCCUCCACCCUUUGACCUGUUUGGCAUAAGUGACCAUGCCAAGAGCCAAAACAUAAAGCCCCGACUCCAGCCAGCAGAGCUCUCCAGGUAAUUGAGGCACAGAAGUCUCCAAACCACGACAAGGUUGUGAUCAUCUUGGAGGAUGUGAACUGUGUAGAUGCUAUUAAAUUUUAUUUAGAAUGGAGAAAUCUAGCAACAUGUACUUGCUUACUUUGAAGAGCACCAGAAUUGUAUAAGACAGUACCUGUAAGAUUUUGCUGUAAUAUUUUUUUGCAUUACUAUUUUCUCUUCCUAGCUACGCAACAGGAAGUUGAAACAUCAAUUGCUAAACAAAAUAUUAAAAUGCC